CAUAGCAACGCUAACUCGCGCACUGUGGACCUGGUGCUCACUGAUAUUGCGAAAUAUCCUAAAGCCAGUAUAUAUACAGAAGCGCUGUACUUCAUCAUUAGCAUUGUAGCUUUUCGGUGAAAGGAUCCCACGAGAAACGUAACGAAGACACCAUAAUUCCAUGAUGUUUGUGAAAAGUAGACACAGUAAUGCAAAUGGAAUUAUCUCGGCGCUUGUUCUUGCCUGCGGCAUAACACUGUGUGUUCUGAUUGCUGUGUUGUUGAAGAGAGAGAUUGAAAUCUUUAACGACGUACUAAGUCAGAUCGAUGGAACCUACAUCGAGCCAUCAUUCGCCUCCAUACCAGUCUGGCUUCUCGGCUUCGCAUUUAUUGUCCCUGGUCUGCUGGGAACGAUUUCAGCAUUCGCCCGAUUCAAAUGUUUGUACAUCGUACACAUGGUGUUUUCAAUCCUCACUCUCCUCAUCAUGGGCAUCUUCCUCAUCAUCGGCAUCAUCGCUAUUGGGGCCCUGGUUUCCACACCUCCACCAUCCUGUGUGCAACAAGGAAACAUCUGCACUUGCUCCAAUUCGUACUCUACGGGGUCAGAGAUCAAGUUUGACUGUGAUUUGAUGACAAGCGUACGCGGCUUAGGGGUCGGCACAUCGGUGAUGUUAGUUUUCGGCUGGAUCUUCACCCUCGUCAGCACCAUCUUGUCUGGCAUCCUGGCCUGCCGAAGUGAGAAUCCCCAGGGAAUGGUCAUGCAUAAUAUGCCAAGUAAAGGCUACAUACAGUAGUGAUGUCCACGUCACCAGGGUUUCCCAUAGCAGCAUGACUGAUGCAAGCAAUGCCCUAUGAAUUAUUGAUUUGUAAUACUUUAAAAUGUACUUAAUUGCAAGUCAUUAAUAUCAGCAUCGGUUUGGAAAGUAUGACAAAUUCCUAAUUUUUAUUUUAUAUGAAUAUAUUCGUAUUAUUGCUUAUUGAACAUGUACACCACAGAAACUCCAUAGAUUGACAUGACAACUUGAAAUUAAUGAAUCUCACAUAAAGAGAUAUUCCAUGCGGUUAAUCUUUCAAAUUUUAGCUUUCGUCUGCACAAAGAGAUGUAAUUAUGAAGAUGUCCUUAAUUUUUCGUACGCUCAAAGUAUGUAAAUACUUUCAUAUAUACAUACAAAAAAUACGUUCCAUAAUUGUCUAUUUGUACCAUACAGUGGACUCUGUGCCUCUUGAUACAGUAGCUACUGCCACUGAGGUAUGAUGAUUAUGAUCAUGAAUAUUAUCACUUACGUUUACGUUUCGUAUGUACACAGGCAAGCUAUGAAAUCGUUUCCACCUAUGAAGUAUAAAAAAUACCUCUCGAUCAUCAUGAACAAGGGGCCCAAAUUGUCGACGGUGAUAACACGCACGCACGCACGCACACACACCAAAACUCCUGGAGCGCUGGGGUAGCCUUGCGGUUUAGGCGUUCGCACGUCACCCCGAUGACCCGGGUUCAAUUCCCCAAAUGGGUUCAAAAGUGUGAAGCCCAUUUCUCCUGUCCCCCGCCGCGAUAUAUUUGGAAUAUUGUUAAAGCGGCGUAAAACUAACUUCACUCAAACCACCUCUCUCCAGCGUUCAGUCCGACAUUGGAGAAUGCAAGGUCUUAAUUUCACAUUUGUCAUGAGCAGGAUCCGCUAACCAUGAACAUUUGUAAUUAUGAUUAUGAUUCACACACACAAAGUUAUAACUGUCGGAGUCGCUCUCUUUUUUCAAGAAUACAUUUUUGGGAUAUAUUUUUGUCGCCUUUGUCCAAUCAGCUUUGAGUAACUGAACAACAAUUAUGUAGUAUACUGUUAUAUCUACCAUCAAGUAUCAUUUGGCAGGUAAUGCAAACGUUUCGUACAUUCCAUUGGAUUCAAUUCCAUAUUUGCCUUUGAGAACUAUUUGUUGACACAAAGUUUGAUUGUAAAUGUCUCAAUAAAAGAACACAUUUAUA